CCCAACCCAAGCUGCUUUUGUUGGGUAUAUAAUCGCACACGACUGGUAUUCUCCAGCCCUAAUUCAAAUCAUAUUCAGACCCGAUUCAAAUUAAAUCGGUCUCUGUUUGCCCAGCUCUCACUGAACCCAAACCCUAAGUAAUAUUGUAUAAUGGGAGAGAUUAAAGACAACGAUGCUUAUGAAGAAGAGCUCAUCGAUUACGAGGAAGAAGACGAGAAAGCCCCCGACUCCGCCACUGCAAAGCCCGGUGGCGAAGCCGUCAAAAAAGGUUAUGUUGGUAUUCAUAGCUCGGGGUUCAGAGACUUCUUGUUGAAGCCAGAGCUGCUUCGAGCUAUCGUGGAUUCUGGAUUUGAACAUCCCUCCGAAGUGCAACACGAGUGCAUACCUCAAGCUAUCUUGGGAAUGGAUGUCAUUUGUCAAGCAAAAUCUGGGAUGGGGAAAACUGCUGUAUUUGUUUUGUCUACUCUGCAGCAGAUUGAACCAGUGGCGGGUCAAGUUGCUGCCCUUGUUCUGUGCCAUACAAGAGAAUUGGCAUAUCAGAUAUGUCAUGAGUUUGAGAGGUUCAGUACCUACUUGCCUGACAUAAAGGUUGCUGUCUUCUAUGGUGGUGUCAACAUAAAGAUUCAUAAAGAUUUACUUAAGAAUGAGUGCCCUCAUGUUGUUGUUGGUACCCCUGGAAGAAUACUGGGUCUGGCUAGAGACAAGAACUUGGGUCUAAAGAAUGUGAGGCAUUUUAUCCUUGAUGAGUGCGAUAAGAUGCUCGAGUCACUUGACAUGAGGAAAGAUGUUCAGGAUAUUUUUAAGAUGACGCCUCAUGACAAGCAAGUGAUGAUGUUUUCUGCCACGCUGAGCAAGGAGAUUCGACCUGUUUGCAAAAAAUUCAUGCAAGAUCCAAUGGAAAUAUAUGUUGAUGAUGACUCCAAGUUAACUCUUCACGGACUUGUCCAGCAUUAUAUCAAGUUAACUGAGAUGGAAAAGAACCGCAAACUUAAUGAUCUUCUAGAUGCUCUGGAUUUUAAUCAAGUGGUGAUUUUUGUAAAAAGUGUUAGUAGAGCUGCAGAACUGAACAAACUUCUAGUAGAAUGCAAUUUCCCUUCAAUUUGCAUUCAUUCUGGGAUGUCUCAGGAAGAAAGGCUGACACGUUACAAGAAUUUUAAGGAGGGCCACAAAAGAAUUCUUGUUGCUACCGACUUGGUUGGCAGAGGAAUCGAUAUUGAACGUGUGAAUAUUGUUAUAAACUAUGACAUGCCUGAUUCUGCUGACACAUACCUUCAUAGGGUUGGCAGGGCAGGUAGGUUUGGGACCAAAGGCCUUGCAAUUACGUGUGUUUCAUCAACGUCAGACUCUGAAGUUUUGAAUCAGGUCCAAGAGAGAUUUGAGGUGGACAUAAAGAUGCUUCCAGAGCAAAUAGAUACAUCUACAUAUAUGCCAUCAUAAGAAGAUUACCUAUCAGCAGCUCCUGAAGUGAUCUGAGACCGUAGACCGGAGCUCUGCCAGGGUGAUGUUAUCUCACGAGGCAUUGUAACUUUAAGCCUUUAAUGUAGCAGACAGAAGCAUUUUCCUGUAAAAUUACAUGUUGAUUGGUGGCUGGAAUGACUUUAGUGCUGGAUGUUAUUAAUUGCAAUUUUCCCUUAAAUUUUGGUCCAGAGGAGCAACAGUGAACUAUUAAUUUUGGAGCGCAGCUUGUAUGAUAAACUUGCAUAUUAUAAUAGUUUCGCAGGAGCAGCAAAAUCCUUUUCAAUUGCUUUA